UCUGGUUCCGGGUCUGUCCGGGGCUUCGUUCCCAUUUGUCUGUGAAUUAAAUCUUUACGUUAAUCUGAUAAAAUUAACCGCGGACGAAAAAACCCGGAAACUGAGUCCGUGUUUAAUGAAGAUCCGCCGGAAAAUCCGAAGAAUUGAAGCGAAACUAGUGAAUGUGUUCAUUAAAAACACGGUUCUGUCGGCACGGAGCCGGUUCGGACGGUCGUUGUGUGGUUUAAUGAAGUCUUGUGUUUUUCAGAGUCAUGGCGGUUCAGGUGUCGGAGUCGGACCAGAUCAAACAGUUUAAGGAGUUCCUGGGGACGUACAACAAAGUGACGGAGAACUGUUUCAUGGACUGUGUUAAAGAUUUCACCAGCAGAGAUGUCAAAGCAGACGAGUCCAGCUGCUCCGAGUCCUGUUUGCAGAAGUACCUGAAGAUGACCCAGAGGAUCUCCAUGAGGUUCCAGGAGUACCACAUCCAGCAGAAUGAGGCCUUGGCUGCCAAAGCCGGGCUUCUGGGCCAGCCCCGCUGACUGGGUCCAUAUGGGUCUGCAUGGGUCAACAUGGGUCAGCACGGGUCUGACCAGCUCCACCGGGCCCAUGUGGUUCUGCUGGACUCUGUCUCCUGGACCUGAACUCAACUGUAGUCAAAGUUCUUGUGUUUCCAUGUGUUUUUAUUAAAGCUGAGCUCAGACCGGU